ACCGAUUAUAGUUAGGUUGCAUAACGUUCGUUUAUGUUAUUGUUUUUUAUGUGCAUUCGAACAGAUAUUUCAUGUGGCGGGAAUGUGUCACAGUAUUUUGGGUUUCAAGAGUCAACAGUCAUGCCUUUGUGUUUUGCGUUGGAAAAGGAUUGCAGAUGAGAAUGCCUCGUGGUGUAACUCCAACAAGAGUGCGUAGAAGACAGAGUGAUGCUAAAUGGCGGGCCAGUGUUGCCAUGUGCUACAAUGUGAUGAAACAUGUUAUACCACACUCUAAGAGAUAUAGCAAAGCAUCUAAACGAAAACUAUCAAAAGCUUUAACCCUGAAGGAAACAGAACGACAUAUUGUAAGCUUGGAGCGGAACUUGAGAGAUCUUAUUGAGAACAGAGCACCACUGUCUGGAAAGGUUGUGAUGAUUGAGAGAGACAAUGGCAGCAUUGUGCCUGCAACUUUUGAAGACAUUAAGCAAGACUUUGCAAUGAAGCAGUGUCUCUUCUUUAGCUCUACCUCUGGUAAGAAGCGUUACAACGUACCCUCCGACAUUGAGACGAGCCUUGAUGUCCUCAGUCAGCAGUCCUGUGACCUGAUAGCCGCGGACGAGGCAGAGGUGGCCAUGUCCUUCCCACCCCUGGCUCACACAUCCCACAUGCCUCUUAACAACUUCAAGGUACUAACUCGGAUCUCCAAAAAACAAGACAUUAUGAACAACACAAUGUUGACCUCAGAUGGCCUUGAUCUAAUGGUUGCAAGGGAACAACAAACACCUUCCAAGUCAAAAAUGUCUUCUGCUCGAGGAGUUUUAAGAUGUACCUCUUCACAGAAAUCGUCUACUGCUGUGAAAUCUUUAAUUUAUGCCAAAACACCAUCAAAGGCCUGCAAACAACAGUCGUUUGCUAAGAGAGGCACGCUUUUUACGAAAGCUACACCUGUACCCAAGAAAGGCACACCAGGAAGGCACUGCAAUGGGUCCACUGGUGGUAGUGGGUUCACGCCUGUGAAGCUGCCAGCGGGUCUAGAGGGGGCAGACAGGAGCCUUGCCCUGCCCGGCACCCCCAGCAUGUCCCUGCUGUACUCUCCUUUCAGCUCCUCCAUGUGGCAAUGCCCUGAGAGCAGCUGUUUCCAUGGGGUUGACAUAACAAGCCAGGAUGACUGCACCAGUCUGCUGUGUACAGAGUCCAUAGAUAGUCUGGAACCACCUCUCUCAGAAACACCAUACAAUACAGCUCAUGUUCAGUCCCCAUCACUGUUUCCAAGGCAGCAUGAAACCAUCGAGAAGUCAAUGGCUAGAGACAGCAUUGAUAAGCCCCCUGGUAGGAGGAUGUCCCGCCCAGCUAAAUGCAGACGCAGACUGGACAGGGCAUACAAUGCUAAGCAGAAUGAUCAAGAGGUUCCUGUUGAUUACAAGAGCAGUGUCGACUUUGAUGGCUAUGUACAGUCUUACCAGCACAACAAGCAUUCAGUGGAUCAGGGUUCUCCUUACAUGGGGUUGACCCUGGCAGGCAUGUGGGAGGACCUGAUGCCUGAAGAGCGCGCCCUGUACGCCCACAUGGCCAUCAAGCAGCCAGCUCGCAGUGGCCCAACUGGCCUCUCAGAGGACCUAGAUGGCAUUGAUGUGAAACCACUUCAUGACACUGCUGCAGUUCUCUCUGCAGUGCAAAGGAAAGAAAUUGGCCAGCAAUUGCCCAGAUUGGAGGCGGAUGUGACCUUGAACUCGUGUGACAUGCACCUUGGCCUCGAAACUGAUGACCUCAAUUAUAGUCUGGUUCCCGGCAUUGAUGAUCUAGAUGACUUCUACCGGGAAACAUACGGUGGCAAGAAACUGGUUCAAGAUGAUGUUUUCUUUGCUGGAUCCUACGAAGACGAAUUCAGUCAGGUGGUUCCUGAAUUAUGACGUCAGAAGUUUUCAGAAGCUUAGUUUUGAUCUGUUUGCAGUGAGCCAGCAGUGUUUGAUGUGUGUUUUCAUGUUGUGAAUGUUUUUGUUGUUCCAAUAGUGAACCGAUGAACUGUUCACGAUUUAAAUCACUGAGCAACACAAUACUGUUGAAAAGAAGUUUGUUCUGACAGUUUUCUCUUCAAGAAGCAUAACGCAAAAACGUGAUUUGAGCAACACUUUAGUUUGAUGUUAAUGGUUUUGUGUUGUUCAUUCAGAUAUUUUUGUUUCAGUUUUAAGGAGUAAAUCAAGAACAGUU